UCUCUUGCUCUUUCUUUUUCUUUUUGCUGUGUCUCUGUUCUCAUUCUCUUCCUGGUAAUUACUAUCAACUUCCACUUUAUGGUUUCCAAAUGAUUGUUGUGGUACUCAUAAUUUUGAAACAAAUGAAUUUUAUACACUUACUAUAUUUGAAUUUGCUGGUUAUUGCCAUUUUCAGGCUAUGAGCACAAGAGUUAAAAAUAAAUAAAUAAUAAAAAUAAAGACCAUUAUUUUAAAAAGCUGGAAAGCAAUAAUAUCUGCAAUUUGUGAGUACAAAAGCAUAAGAAAACCUUUGUCUUCCACUCCUCAUUAAUGUCAUCUUAUUUCUGCACCUUUUGACAUAUAUACACGCCCAUGGUAACUUUUGUGUAUUUGCACCUUCUGGUGUUUUUUGGUUGCUUUGUAUAUGUUGUAUAUACUUUUUAAAAUCUCUUUUUGAUGAGUAAAGACUUAAUAUCAUGUGUACUUUUUAAAAUUAAUACAAUCUUCUUUUACGUAUCAAAAAAAAAAAAAAAAGGUACUAUAUCACAUUAAAACAUUGCCUCUCUAUAUGCAUUUUUUAUUUCUCAAUGCAAAGCAAAGAAUAUUUCACUUCAAUGUUCUUUAGCUUAUGAAUCUGUCUUUGUGUGUUUAUUUGGAUGAGUAAAGACUUAAUAUCAUGUGUACUUUUUAAAAUUAAUACAAUCUUCUUUUACGUAUCAAAAAAAAAAAAAAAGGUACCAUAAUCACAUUAAAACAUUGCCUCUCUAUAUGCAUUUUUUAUUUCUCAAUGCAAAGCAAAGAAUAUUUCACUUCAAUGUUCUUUAGCUUAUGAAUCUGUCUUUGUGUGUUUGUUUGGCUCCAUGUUUACUAAUUUUUAUGUUAAACAUUGUAAUGAUAAAAUACAUGACAUUUUACCUCCACGUGAAUUACAUUAUAUAUUCCAUUAUGCCGCCAAUCCACAUAACACUUUUCCACAAUGUUGUUAACUGAAAUUCCAAUUUUAGCCCCAAGAAUUAUUUUUUACCUCCAAUCUCUCUUGUGAUCUUGCUAGCUUGGAUGUGAAGUUGCAAAUGCAAUUUGGUUUAAAGGGGAGGGAGGAAGAAUAGAAGAAAUAUCCAAAAUAUGCCUCGACUUGAUGAGAAGAAAUUUGGGGGAUAUGGUCUUUGCUGUAAAGACGUCUUUCCAUGUAGUUAGAUUUGCUCUACCAGUAACCUUAAUGCUGCUUACAAUAGUUCAACAACACAUGCAGGAUUCCAGAAUGUUUCCAUGGCUGGAUAUAUGUAUAUAUAUAUAUAUAUAUUCCUUUUUUUUUGUAUUGAAAUAUUCAAAUCUAUGGGUGGUUCACUCAACUGUCUUUGAUAUUAGUCAGACUAAGGGACAUGUAUACCUCUGAAGAGGAGCUAUAUUCAUGUUGGAGAAGGUGUAAGUAUUAGCACCUGCAUGCCCUGGCUUUGUUGUUUGAGAGUUUUCAGGUUAGUGUGUCUGUAGUGUGCUGUGUGUUGCAACUGAGGCUAAUGCUGAACUGUGACUGCAAAUAAGUCAUCUUAAUCCUCUGAUUACCUGCAAAAACACGCCGUUUGGGACACUGACGUAACUUGAGACCGUUUUAGAGAAGGGAAAGAGAGGAGAAGAUUUUGGGACCUGAUGGCUAGGAUCUCUAUAGAAAACUUACCUCUUUUAGCUGAUGGUUGUACCUUUUAUACUCUACACUGAACCUAGUUCCUCUGGGGCUAGGUUGCCUACCACAUCUUCUAGUCUAGUCGAAUGAUCGAGGCCUUUGGCUUUCAGGAGUCUUAAGCAAUGAUGGAGUUGAGCUCGAGUAGUUCGAGGUCUAUAUUAUCGCUCCUCAAGUACCACUUUGUAUUCACUUAGCUCGAGCAUUGAGCAUUAUCCUAGCCCACAGGCUGGGUUUAUUGCCACGUGAUAAGUGAGAAUGGAUGCCUUCCCAAUGCGUCCUUUUUCUUGCCAUCAAGAACUUUGAGCUUGGAAAAAGCAGGAAUGCCAAAAUUCAAACUGUUUGGCUGAGUUGGCUUUUCAAAGUGAAAAUUGAACCGUUUGAGAUACACAUGGCAGGGCUGAGUUGGCUUUUCAAAUGAUGGCAGUAGGAUUUGCGCCUCAUCAUUGUGCCCGCAGUAUUUAAUCUAGUGGGCUGUUCCUUCAGGCCUUUUAAAAACCCAAAGAAUCUCCUUUUUUUCCUCACUUUGCCUUAUUUUGCAAGCCGAGACGCUGCUGGAUCUUUUUCCAGGCUACCUCCAACCAGUUUUUUCUGAUGCCACUUAAUCAAUUCCAGUUCAUUCACCUUACUUUCCUAGAGCUAUUUCAUGGGUAACAAGUUUUGCCUUAUCUUUACCUUUUAUUUUCUGUUUUUUAGUGGUUUUUUGGUCAGUGCUUGUGUCGUCUUAGAUAAAUUUUGCUUUUCCGGCAACCACCUGGAACCGUACCUCCCUAGAGCUCUGACUCAGUUUUUCCUGCCCUAGGGGUUGGGCGGCGGGCCUAGCCUUUAAUUCAUUUCUUUUGGGUGAAAGGAGAUGAAUGACAAAAUCUUGAUUGUGUAGAUUAACUUAGGACUACAUUGACUAUGCCUAUGAUGUGGAAAUCCUAUUUCCCAAGGAUUAGUUUUAUGAUGAGUGUGUGACAGUUUUUCUACAUUGGUUUAAACCAUGAUGAAGGAGCCUGCUGCUUUGGGAGACUAAUUCCAUGUAAGCAUCAGGAAAUCCCUGUUUGCGUAGUCUUCUUGUUGUGGAUAGGUUUUGUUUUUCUGCUUGUCUUGUCUAGAUAGUUUUCUUAUUUAACUAGAUGUGUUAUGUAGAUUUCAGAAUAUUAAUUUUUGAGUAUUUGAUGAAUACCACAGAUGGGGAAUGCAGACAGGAUUUUUAUUGCCAAUGGCAACUAGUGUGUAUGCUGCACUUUGGGCAACUAAUGAUAAAAUUUUAGUCAUAUAGCAGUAACUUUUGAAAGGUCAAUUAUAAUUUGCUUAGUCAAAUAGACCAUUAAAAGAUGAUGGAACUUAUUAUUAAUUUUAUUGUUUUUUCUUUUUUAUUAUUAGUCCUGAGGUGAAAUUGUUUAAUUCCAUAACAUGAAGACAGCUAAACAUUUUGAGAAGAUUUGAGAACUGCCCACUGGAGGCAUUGAUGCAUAUGCCAUCUUAGUAGGAAAUAUGUCUUUGACAUCUAUGAGAAAAGUUUAUCAAUAGAUCAUAGUAGGUAAUAAGUCUUUGACAUCUACUGGAAAUAAUGUGACAACUGAUGUGAGGUAAGAGGGUUUAAUGGGAAAAAUGUACUCCUUUCAUGCUAUAUGAGGAAUGAAUGGAAAUAAUAAAUUAUCUAUUCUGACAAGAAUAUAUGCUUCAUUAAAUGAGGUUAAUUCUUCUGCUUGAACAAGUAUUUAGUAGUUGUUCCCUUAGAGGAGGCCCCCUGAGCUUCCCUUUCCUACUUACUGCUUCUUGCUUGAUAAAUUUUGUAUUAAGAAUGAGCAUAAUUACAUUGUGUCUUAUUUAAAAUAUUUUCUUUUCUCUUUGUCAACAGUUUGUGUUUUGUGUGCCUCCUUUCCUAUAUCAAAAUAUUUAUCUGCAUCAUCGCCUGGAACCUUGAAGACAUUUGCAUAUCUACAGAACACUGGCUGAAUGAGUAUUGAUUAGUUGAAGUGUAUUUCUGCUAAUGGCAGAAACUGUGAUAAUGUUCCUCUUUAUAUCUAUGGCAUCUAUUCAGGACAUAUGUAUUGAAAUUUGAACCAGUUGCCUUACUUGAGAUGAUUAGUUGUGGCUGAGGCAAUGAAAUCCAAAUGGGAUAGCAUUAAUUGAGUUGGCAUCUUGUUAACUUUUCCUCAAAGUUGAUAUAUUGUAUCUUGCUUUCUUGCAGUCAAGUCUGGUUUUGGAUAUUUAUUCAACUAGAUGAAUAUGAUGUUGAAGAUGGUCACACUUUGCAUCUGGUUACCAGACAACCAGUUCCACCAUCAUCUGAGGGUUCACAUAAUCAAUCAGAUGCUAUUCCUGGUUUGGGUAUGAGUCAUGGUCAAGACAAUCAGGUAGCUCCUGGGUUUCUACCUGAAAAUUUGAAUGUGCCUAAUCAAGGUGAUGCCAUUCCUCCAGAAAUUAAUCAGCUUGUUUCUGCUGUUCUUGGUGCUUUUGGAGUUAAUGAUAUUGGUGGUAAUCAGGGGCCUGAUGCUAGGGUCGUGCCUGAUUCUUUGACUACUUUGUCCCAGUAUCUGAGUCGAUUGAGGCGUGAGUUUGGCAGAGGCAAUGGAAACAAUGUGCAGACUGCUGAUAUCCAUGGUACUGCAGAAAGAGAAUCUAAUUCCAUAUUGCAUUCAGUGACUGCACCGGGCCUUACUCCAACAGCAUCCUUGGCAGAAUUGAUGCUGUCUGCAAGGCAAAUGCUUAUUGAACAAGUUGGAGAAUCCCUACUGCAACUACAGAGGCAGCUAGAGAAUCAAGAGACUGCGACUAAUCUGUCUGAGAGGCGGGACAUUCAGUUUAGCGCAGGGAGAACAGGAGUUUUGCUUCAAAAUGUUGGUGCAUUUCUACUUGAACUUGGUCGUACAACCAUGACACUGAUCAUGGGUCAAAUGCCGUCUGAAGCUAUGGUUAAUACUGGGCCUGCACUUUUCAUAUCCCCAUCUGGUCCUAAUCCUCUCAUGGUUCAGGCUCAGCCUUUUCAACCAGGAACAAGUUUUGGUUCAUUCUCCACGGGAACUGCACAGCCUGGCUCUGGUUUGGUUAAUGGAUUUGGUUUUCUUCCAAGGCGUAUUGAUAUACAAAUCCGUAGAGGUUCUUCAAUGGUCACUCCCAAUGUUAACCAAGUGGAACAUGGUUAUACUAAUCAGCCUUCAGGCCAAAGAAACCCAGUAACAAGUUCUGGUGGUGAAAACCCAGCAACUUCUCUGGUUUCAGAGGGUUCAUCUAUUGCUGCAGUACCAAUGAGGUCCAUGCUUGGAGCAGUAUCUGGUCCAUUUAAUAGUGUUCUUUCUGAUCCAUCCAGUGGUCUUUUAGGCUUGUACCCAGUUCUUGGAAGAUUACAACAUGUGGGUUCUGGACAUGCAAUUGAUGAGCUAGGAUCUCAAGCAUCUGGUGAACAUCAAGCCACUGGCUUCCAAACCGAGCAGCUCAAUGAAGGUGGUCGCACAACAGAAGGAUCAUUGCCAACUCCUAGUUUAAGACACCUGGCACCAUCUGAAUCCCAGAAUUUCAGAAUCAACCUUCAGUCAACCAAUGGGACCAUAACUAAUCCAGAAGCUGAGGGACAUAUGCCCAGCAGUGUCCUUCAGUUUCUAAGGACCAUGUUUGCAGGUGGAGAAAUUGAACAUGUCGAGGAUUUCAAUUCACAAGGAAUAGCUACAAAUCCCGUCACAGAGCAUUCAGAGGCAGCCGCUGGUGCCAUGGAUGCUCAGCAAGCAGAACCAGAAGUUACUGAUGAAGGGAUCUUCUUGUCCAAUAUGCUUCGAGAGAUGAUGCGCUUCAUAUCUCAAGAUGUGGACCCAAAUGUCGCACCUCCUGAAGGAUCAAGUGCUUCAGAGCAUGGAACUGAUUCUUCCUCCCAAGCUGAGAGCUCUGUUGCUGGGACUUUGCGACGGGAAAGUGAUAAUCAGGCAAGCCCCCCAAAUUCAAAACGUCAGAAGGUAUUACAGUUUGAAACUUCUCUGUCUUUCCUUUUCAUCUUCUCUCUUUCAAAUGCGUCUUAACUUAUCAUAUCUUCAGAAUUUAGGAGGAAAUGAUGCUGUGUCAUUAGAAAUUAGAAUUGAGAUAUUCAAAUGAGACACAUCAGUGGGUUGGAUCAUGAUCUCAAUCCUUGAUAAGACGCUGCAUUCUAUUUCCUCUGGUGAUCUCAUGCAUUCUAUUUCCUCCAGUGGUCUCAUGCAAUAAUUGUUAGAUCUGAUUCUCUGAAUUUGCAACCAUAUGGUAAAUUAUAUGUUUGUAUAUAGCAUUUUCAGUGUUUUGUAGGACUUCAAUUUAAUUUCAUCAUGCCAAAGUCAUCCACAUCAGGAUCCUGGACUGGAUUUAUGGGGGUCUCGUAGCUCAAUUGAGAACUUUCAAAUUCUAAAUAGUGGCAAAGAUGAUUGAACAUGACAUGGUCAUAUUAGAAAAUUUCCUGGAAUGCUGGUUAAGUUCAAAGUAUGAGAAAAUGUAAGAAAACAGAUAAGAAUACUUAUAUUUUUUUGCAAAAUAAGCUACUGAAACAAAAGGCCAACCUAAAAGCUGCACUAAAAUUGCUUUUGGAAGUGAUUCUUAUAGGGUGAGAAGCAUUUCCUAAUGCUAGGAAACACUUUCUUUACUAAAAUUAGGCAUUCAACAAAGUUUUAAAAAUCACUUUUGAACACAAGAAGUGAUUUUUUGAACUAGCACUUGGUGUUUUUUCCAAAGUCACUUUUUCGUUAUGCAUCCAAUUGCUAAAAACACUACUAUAUUCAAACAUUAACUGAUUCUUGAUGAAAAUGUUUCUGAAAGAAGUGCUACCAACAAAAGUGCUACAGAUUAAAAGUCCUUUUACCAGAAUCACUCCUAAAUGAGUCAUUAGCGUCUUUAAAAGAAGCAUGAAACAGUCCUCAAAAUGGAUAUUCAAACUCAUGGAUGUUUUUUGAAUACUUUCAAAUAUGCAGAGCUAUAAACAGAUUUAAAUGUGGUCUUCUUAUAGAUUUAUUGGGUUACAUUUCAUUGGAGUUGGUAGACCUACCUCAGUUGGACUUCCGACUGAUUUGGUAUAGGCAUUAUUUAAGAUAAUUUGAAUGGUUGAACCAGCAAAGCUAAAGGUGACCACAUAAUCUCUUUACAGUUUUGAUGCCCAAGACAACAAAAAAAAAAAAAAACAAAUAAAUAAAAA